AUGCCAGAUCAUUCGGCGGCGUAUGUUGGCACAGCCUUCGUGGCCGGCGUCUGCUUGGCAUUCGCAUAUCAAGAAUUCUCACGUCCCAGCCAUGAGGAUAAUGUGACAGAGCAAAUAUCACCGACAAGUGGCCUCGUCGCCCGACCUGGCCCGCCCAGUAUUGUGGAAGGCAUUGAAGGCUGCAUUGGGAAUACCCCUUUAUUCCGGAUCAAGUCACUCUCAGAUGAAACGGGAUGUGAGAUUCUGGGCAAAGCAGAGUUUUUAAAUGGCGCCGGCCAGAGCUCAAAAGACCGAGUGGCACUAAGCAUGAUUGAGAUCGCAGAAGAACAAGGUAUCCUGACGCCCCAUUCAGGCGACACAAUCUACGAAGGGACGUCGGGAUCAACCGGUAUUUCACUAGCAACACUAGCCCGGGCCAAGGGCUACCUAGCACACAUGUACGCAUACGCCACCCUGGUGUCUCACCCAAUAACAAAACCACUACUAAUGCACAUGCAACCCAGCUGCCUGCCUUCCGACCAGGCAAUUGAAAAGUCCAACCUCCUCCUGAAACUCGGGGCAAUAGUGGACCGGGUUCCGCCAGCUCCAAUAGUGGAGAAAGACAACUUUGUCAAUCGCGCACGAGCACUGGCAAAGAUGCACACGGCCUCAUCGGGCAUCCCCUCUGCGUCAGCGGAAGAGCAAUCCGAUCUCCCCGCGGCAAACGACCGCAUGACCCGUGGCCGGGGCUUUUUCGCUGACCAAUUUGAGAACGAAGCUAACUGGCGCGCUCACUACCAAGGGACCGGCCCAGAGCUGUACGCCCAGUGCGGGGGCCGGAUUGAUGCGUUUGUAGCGGGCGCCGGCACGGGUGGGACCAUUUCUGGCGUCGCGAGAUUCUUGAAGCCCUUGCUGCCCAGACUUACCGUUGUGCUGGCUGACCCGCAGGGAAGUGGGCUUUUUAAUCGAGUGGUCUAUGGUGUUAUGUUUGAUGUGAAAGAGAGGGAGGGGACGCGCCGUCGUCGUCAGGUUGAUACCAUCGUUGAGGGGAUUGGGAUUAACCGUGUCACGGCGAAUUUCGAGGCUGGAAAAGAGAUGAUUGAUGAUGCGGUGCGUGUCACUGAUGCACAGGCUUUGGCUAUGGCUCGGUGGCUGGUUGAGAAGGAUGGGAUCUUUAUUGGGAGUAGCAGUGCAGUGAACUGUAUCGCAGCUGUCAAGACAGCGAGGAAGCUUGGCCCUGGUCACCGGAUUGUCACGGUACUCUCUGACUCUGGCUCACGGCAUCUGUCUCGGUUCUGGGCCAAGGCGGGUGAUGUCGGUGGUGCUGUUGAUACGAAACUUGAGGAUGUUAUGAAUGCACGGGACGAAGACUUUCAAUAG